CCACUCCAUCCGGACGUCGCAAACCGGACUGACUACUGGUCAAUAUCUAUCUAUCUAUCUAUCUAUCUAUCUAUCUAUCUACCCAUCGUUCGUUCCUGGCUGGCCUCUAUCUAGAGUAUCAGGACUCCGGACUGAUCAGGCUCAGAUCGGGGCGUGUGCUCAGACCUCGUGUCUGUUUGAUUGGAGAUUGUCGUGCAUGAUGUGGCCAUAGCUAUAGCUGUAGCUAUAGCUUAGACCAUUAAGGGUCUAGAUGCGCUGCGCUGGAGUGCUGAUACUGAUAGGGCGAGUGAUGAGUGAUGGAUGGCUGGGACAGACUGAUAGGUUUAUCAAGAUCGAAUCGGAUGCCCACUUAUCCACUAUCGACCUAUCUGAUGAGGGUGAUGACAGGUGGGAAUUGGGGUUAUCGGGACUGGGUUGGAUUCUCUAUCGCAUGAUCGCUCUGCCGAGGCUGUGGUUGAGGUUGACAGACGGCUCUGGAUCUUGGUUCGGAUGAGAGACUGUAUCAUCUUCAACUUCCAGAUUGAUGGGUGGUUUGACCUGGAUUAUACCGAUUUGUUCCCAGUCUCGAUGGAUUCAUCCAGUCUCGACGGAUUCAUUGAGUGUAGUCAUCCGGGAUGGAAUGAACUGAGUUUCUUUCUAGGUGCAGUGCUGGACACUUAUCUAUCUAUACCUUUCCCAUCGAUCAGA